AUGUCGCCCACGCCAAAGAAAGCCUCCCACUCAGGGGCCGCCAGAAGGCGGCGUGGGAAACGGAAGAUCACCCCGAGAUCGCCCCUGUCUAUCCUGGCUCAGACUCGAAAGAACAGCGCCGUGAAGAAACGUGAUCGCGGCGACGUGGUCAGCAGCAGCAAGACAAAACUUACGGAGCGCAGGAGUAAACCAGGGAGACCAUUCAGUCUGAAUCUCCUUCCACUGUCGACCGAGCCAAGAGAAAAGAACUGUUUUAGACGGGAUCCAUCCCCUGCAAACUACCGAUUUGUCCCCAAGGGCGACAUCUACAUUACUCGCAAUUGCCGAAAACUGACAAAGGAGUCUGGCCGAAUUGUCUACGUGGUUUAUGAUGAUAGAGGCAAGAGCACUCUUGGCCUACGUGUUCCGGCCGAUGUUCACACUGCCGUCCUCCGGUUAGCGGACGAAACAGCUCAGUCUCGCGCUCAAGCUGUUCAAGUACGUGAUGAGAAAGAUUAUGCGCAAGCCCGUCAACUCUUACGCGCCCAGUUUCCUUUAAUGCCCGAGGAGUCACUGGACACUGUUCUCGAACAUGCCUUUCUGAAGGGCUCUGGCCGCGUGGGCCGGACAUCCAGAUUAUCGGAUCAAGACAAAGCCAAGUUAGCCGUAGAGGCUCAUAUCAGACACACCCAUACCAGCUAUGAAGCACUCCUGAAGGCGGGGAAGACGCGCGGUGAAGCUCGUCAAGCGUCAAAGGAGAUGGUCCAGGCUAUCAGGACCGCAUGGUCAGGUGGCAAUGUAGAGCCAACGGAUUGCCUGACUAUGCGGGAUCGAGUGAUUGUGAUUGAUUAA